CCUGCGGCUCAUAAACAUAUCAGCAACCUACGUUACGCGCCAUCUUCUAGCUACUGACCAGAACAUAUACGUAGCAUAUAAACCCACUUGCUUAUUUUUUUGUCCAAAUUACCGCUUUUAUUAGCUAUACCGAGCAAUGAGUGACCUUGAGGAAGGAAACUAUGAAGGGCGGGGGUCACGCUCCCCAUCUAAAUCGGAUCGUGGGAGUCCAGCUCGGGUCAAGUCGGAGAGCAGGUCUCGCUCUCCGAGCCCAUCCCGGGUCUCCAAACACUCCGAGUCCAGAUCACGCUCUCGGUCAAAAUCCAGAUCUCGUUCUAGACGGCACUCAAACCGCCGGUACAGCCGUUCACGCUCUCGGUCCUAUUCCCACCGGAGGAAGUCCCGUUCUCGUUCCUACAGCCCUGAAUACCGGCGCAGGAAGAGCCAGAGCACGUCCCCCAUGUCAAACCGGCGCCGUCACACUGGCAGUAGGAGCCAUGACUUCACAAAAGAAGCAUACAGUCAUGGCGGUGGUGCUGAUGUUAGGGCGAACCCUGAUCCGAGCACGUGUUUGGGGGUGUUUGGUUUGAGCCUGUACACGACUGAGCGUGACCUGAGAGAGGUGUUUUCACGCUACGGUCCUUUGGCUGGAGUCAACGUGGUGUAUGACCAGCGCACAGGUCGCUCCCGUGGAUUUGCCUUUGUUUACUUUGAGAGGCUUGAAGACUCUAAAGAGGCAAUGGAGCGAGCCAAUGGCAUGGAGCUGGAUGGGAGGCGCAUCAGAGUGGAUUAUUCCAUUACUAAACGUCCCCAUACCCCUACGCCAGGAAUCUACAUGGGCCGGCCUACACACAAUGGUGGUGGUGGUGGUGGUGGUGGUGGCGGCGGCGGUGGCAGCAGCAGCAGAAGGGGAAGAGAGUCAUAUUAUGACCGUGGCUAUGACCGCUACGACAGAUAUGACGAGUACGACUACAGAUAUAGUCGCAGGCGCUCUCCAUCACCGUACUACAGUCGAUACAGGUCUCGCUCACGGUCUCGCUCCUACAGCCCACGACGUUACUGAGUUGCUUCUUUCAACAUUCAGCAUCCCUCCAAUAACUGAUGGGUGUGUGUGUGUAUGUUUGCGUGUGGUAAAUCAAAGUGUUUCAGAGGGAAACAUUUUGAUUAAGCAUGUCUAUAUCAGCAGAACUCUUGA